AUGGCGAUACAACCACCAGGUUCAUACCCACAGGGAAAUAAGAAGGGAAAGGCCAAGAAGAAGAGUGGACAGAAUGCAUUUGCAAGGAAGGAGUGGUACACUCUCCGAUCUCCGUCCAUUUUCCCGAACAACAUCAACGGAAAGACCUUGAUGACGAAGUCUGCAGGUAAGAACUCCUACAUGAACAUGAUAGGAAGGAGAUAUGACGUCAACCAGGCCGAUCUUACCGGAAACAAUGAUGUUGGACACCGCAAGUUUAUAUUCAAGAUAGGGGACAUCAAGGGAAGCGAGUGUGUUGGAUUCUUUGAUGGGAUGGAACUGACGUCUGACAAGCACAAGGCGAUGAUCAAGAAAUGGCACACCCUUAUUGAGGCACAAAAGGACAUAGUUGCUAAGGACGGAAGCGUUUUCAGGGUGUUCGUCAUGGGUGUUACCAGACGGCAUCCAGGAUAUGUCAAGAAGACAUGCUAUGUUAAGCAUUCCGAUGAGAAGAAGAUCAGAAAGAUUAUGUUUGACGUUAUUGAAGAAGAGCUGAGUGGGUGCGAUGUUCAGAAGAUCAUGAAGAAGCUUGCGAAUGAGACUGUUGGAAAGAGGAUUGAGGAGCUAGGAAGUGAGAUAUUCCCUCUGCAGAAUUGCUGUGUUAGAAAGGUCAAGACAAUCAAGAGCCAUCAGACGGCUAGCGUUGGGCAACAGGAGGCAAUCGAUGCCAUAACUAAUUAA